GGAUAUUCUCCACUCUGCAUCUGUAGAAGUUUGUCAUAGUUUUAGAUUGCAUGAUGAAUCUGUGCAAACCUUGAAGAAAGUAGAGGUACACCAUGCCUUCUUUGUAAUGGCCUUACUUGGUGGUCCCAGGACAAAUAGUCUGAAAUAAUAACACCAAGGAAUUUAAAGUUGCUGACCCUCUCCACCUCUGGUCCUCUGUUGAGGUCUGGCUCAUGGACUUCUGGUUUCUUCUUCCUGUAGUCAAUAAUAAACUCUUUGACUUUGCUGACAUUGAGUGAAAGGUUGUUGUUGUAUCAACCAUUCUGUACUGAUGGUGAUUGUGGAGGAGAUGUUGUUGCCAAUCCAUACUGACUGGCGUCUGCAAGUGAAGAUGUUGAGGAACACACACAAAAUGCUGGAGGAACUCAACAAGCCAGGCAGCAUCAAUGGAGAAGAGUACAAUCAACGAUUUGGGCCGAAACCCUUCAGCAGGAUUGGAGAAGAAAAGAAGGGGAGAGAGAAACACAAGGUAUGCCGUGGCAGUGCGGAAUCAUCACGUUUGCCCUGUGGACAACUGGAUCUACAAUGACUCAUGUGAUGAGAAAUUUGACCAAGAUGAACCUAAAAUCUGCUGUACAUUAGAUGACAUCCCAUUGGUCAGUAAAUGUGGCACCCUCCCUCCCGAGAGCUGUCUCUUCAGUUUGAUCUGCAACACUGGUUCUUUUAUGGUGAUGUUGCUCGGUUUACUACGCUAUGCACAUGUGAAGGAGAGACACCAGAAGUCCGUACUGAAUACUGCAGCGCUGGUCACGUGUUGGAGCUGUGCUGCAGGCCUCAUCGUUGUGGGAAACUUCCAGGUUGGCAAUGCUAAAGUGCUACACUACAUUGGUGCUGGGAUGGGAUUUCCCAAUAGUAUGUUGUUCAUCUUUUUCCAAACCAUCCUCACCUACAAGAUUGCAAAGAAUCCGCUGGACUAUCGGAUAGGUCACUGCCGAACCCUUCUUACCGUUCUGGCUUUCAUCAACCUUACCCUUAGUGGGGUCUUCUUCAUUCAGCACAGCUCAGAUCUUCAGCAUGCAGCAGCUAUUUGCGAAUGGAUUUUCACUAUUAUUAUCCUCGUUUUCUAUGGGACCUUCGCAGUGGAGUUUGGCUCUAUUACUCAAAACACCCUUCUGGAAAUGCUGACAAAGGAAAAUCAACAGACCCACUGUAAAUCAGACAACAGCAGAGUUCCCAGCACACACGGCAACUGCACACAAGAGGCUGUGGCUAUGAUCUAGACUUUGAAAUAUCAACAGGCAGGUUGAUCUGUAGUUUUUGCCUUAAAGCACCAUAAAAAUCGUAAUGAUCAGGAUAUCUCUGUGGCAUUCCUGUUUGGAGUAAAAUGGCAAAGAAAGUCUCGACGUAAUCAAAACACUACAGUUGAAGCCAUCUUGAGAAGACAAGCUUGUCUAUUUCCAUUGGUAUUUUUGAAACAUUUAUCUUUAAUUUUUUUAAUAAAGGUUUGAUUUUUAUAAUAGAAUGAAUUAUAUAUUUUUGGCAGCAAUUGAAAUGUUUCUAGCACUGGCCAAUGUAAAUGGAUGGCUAAACGGCCAUAUUUUAGUUAUAAUGAUAACUUUUUAAAAACGGUAUUACAUUUGGUAUUGAUCCUGUAUUCUCUGUGAUGAUAAAACAUCCUCAUUAUCCAUAUCACUCAUUUAUAUCUCUAUAGCCUCUUUGUUUCCAUCACUCCAUAUUCUUUUCUGAUCCCCAGUUUAAUUUGUCUUGUUUCUGGCUAUCAUGCCUUCAAGAUUUGGAAUUCCUUUAAUAAACUUAUCUUCUGCUGUCCCUCUCCCCUGUUAUUUUAAGCAUCCAUUCAAUUACAUCCUUUGUAGUAUUGUAUAAGAAUAUUAUGUCCCAAUAUAUACUGUUGUGUACACAUGUUAUAUACAUGGUCUGAGAACAACCUUGAAU